GCGGCUGCCGUAGGGGUUAUGCUGGUCCUGGUGCUGGUGGUCCUCAUCCCCGUGCUCGUCAGCUCCGUGGGUACCGAUGCCAGCCACUAUGAGAUGCUGGGCACCUGUCGUAUGGUGUGCGACCCCUACCUGAACAAGGGCACUCCGGCCAGCAGCACCAGCUCCACCGGUCUCCAGGCUGAGGCAGAGGCGUUAAGCGACCACGGCAACGUGCUUCCACCCUCCACCUUACUGCAGGGCCCACAGGGGAAGCCUGGCAGGCCAGGCAAGCCCGGACCACCGGGACCACCGGGAGAACCGGGUCCACCGGGACCCUCGGGACCUCCUGGUGACAGAGGGGAUCAGGGACGGACUGGGAUUUUGGGUCUGGGGGGGAACGGAGCUAUCAGCACGGCCACCUACAGCACAGUGCCUCGGGUGGCCUUCUAUGCGGGGCUUAAGAACCCCCACGAAGGCUACGAGAUCCUCAAGUUUGACGACGUGGUUACCAACCUAGGCAACAACUACGAUGGCAUUGCGGGCAAGUUCAUCUGCAGCAUACCGGGCACAUACUUCUUCAUCUACCAUGUGCUGAUGAGAGGAGGAGAUGGCACCAGCAUGUGGGCAGACCUUUGCAAGAAUGGCCAGGUUCGUGCCAGCGCCAUCGCCCAAGAUGCCGACCAGAACUACGACUACGCCUCCAACAGCGUCAUCCUCCAUCUGGAAGCGGGCGACGAGAUAUACAUCAAACUGGACGGAGGCAAAGCCCACGGAGGGAACAACAACAAGUACAGCACCUUCUCCGGCUUCAUCCUCUACGCCGACUGA